CGAGGAGGCGCCCAGGGCAGAAACCGCCCCGGCGCGUCCCCUCCCGGCGGCGGCGCCGCGUUCACCUUGCGCGGGGCGCAGCGGGGCCGCAUGGAGCCGCCCGGGCGCGCAUCCCGCCUCGCCAGCGCCCCCCGCCCCGCGCCAUGAGCCGCCCGUAGCCGCGGCCGAGCCGAGCCGAGCCGCGCCGCCCGCCGCCCCCAUGGCCAAGGAGAGGAGCAGGAAAGCGCUGCUGGAGCUGCUCCAGCGCCCCGGCAACGCGGCGUGCGCAGACUGCGCCGCCCCGGAUCCGGACUGGGCAUCCCACAGCCUGGGGAUCUUCAUCUGCUUGAAUUGUUCAGGAAUCCAUCGCAAUAUUCCCCAAGUCAGCAAAGUGAAGUCAGUCCGUCUGGAUGACUGGGAUGAUGCUCAGGUGGAGUUUAUGGCCGCAAAUGGAAACAAUGUAGCAAAAGCAAAAUAUGAAUCUAAGAUGCCACCAUUUUAUUACAAGCCAACAUUUCUUGACUGUCAACUGCUGCGGGAACAGUGGAUCAGAGCCAAAUACGAACGAAAAGAGUUCAUUCACAGCGAGAAGCAGGAGCCUUAUUCUGCAGGAUACCGAGAAGGAUUUCUGUGGAAGAGAGGACGUGACAAUGGGCAAUUCUUAAGCCGAAAAUUCGUGCUAUCAGAGAGGGAAGGUGCAUUGAAGUACUUCAACAAAAAUGACGCAAAAGAACCCAAAGCAAUUAUGAAGAUUGAACAUCUAAAUGCAACUUUUCAGCCUGCAAAAAUCGGGAACCCACACGGACUGCAGAUCACUUACUUGAAGGACAAUAGCACACGGAACAUCUUUGUCUAUCACGAAGAUGGCAAGGAAAUAGUGGAUUGGUUCAACGCCAUCCGGGCAGCACGUUUUCAUUACUUACAAGUGGCAUUCCCUGGAGCCAGCGAUGCUGAUCUGGUGCCAAAGCUUUCUAGAAACUACCUGAAGGAAGGGUACAUGGAGAAAACUGGGCCAAAGCAAACAGAGGGAUUCAAGAAGCGAUGGUUCACCAUGGAUGACAGACGGCUCAUGUAUUUCAAAGAUCCCCUGGAUGCCUUUGCUAGAGGGGAAGUUUUUAUUGGGAGCAAAGAAAACAGCUACAAGGUCCUGGAAGGGCUCCCACCAUCCACGCAGGGAAACCACUGGCAGCACGGAAUAACUAUCGUCACCCCAGAUCGGAAAUUCCUUUUUGCCUGCGAGACGGAGGACGACCAGCUGGAGUGGAUUACGACUUUUCAGAAAGUUAUAAGCCGGCCGAUGCUGCCUCAGGAAUACGCAGUGGAAGCCCAUUUCAAACAUAAACCUUAGCUGGGACUGGCUGGGCAGACCUGAGGAGUGAGCUUCUGUUUACAACACAACGUGGUUUUAUUUGAAAUGUUAAAAAUAAUAGUAAUAACAAUAAUAAUACUACUACUUCCCUUUCCCCUCAUCGUUCACUUGAUCAUGUUGGAAACCAAGAAGGGCGGCAGUGAAAUGUUGGAGAUGAUGGUGAUCCAACCCGAAACUGGGCUCUGUGGCUAUUCCAUGGGAUGUGAUGCUGGGACAGGUGGUCCCCACGAUCCCCUCACCCCUCCACCCACCAGAAGGGCUGUCCCAGACUCUUGGUGGUGCGUCUCCAGGGGGGGCUUUUCCCCACAAGCUGGUCCCUGCAGGCUGGGACUGUGCUGCCCCAGGGCACUGCUUCUCUCUCAGCCCUGGGCACUGAGCAGCGAUGUCCUCGCAGGAUGUGACACUAACUUUGAACCACCUGAAACGGGACUGCGAAAUGGCUGAGCCUUCCAAUGGCGUAAAUCACCUCACCCAGGGAGCGGGGGAGAUGCUGUACGCAGGCUAGGAUCAACAGGACUUAGAAAUCAGCAUCGUCCGCCUCGUUAUCUGCUUAACGAAGGGCAGGGAGGAGGGUUGCCAGGGUGGGCAGGAGGGAAAGGCGUCACUGAGCCACAAGGCAAUGUUGUGGGAGCGAAGCUUCUGGGGUCAGGGCCCAUGCACCGUCACCACCCCCCUGCACGCCUGCUCCCCGGGUCCCCUUUUUGUGGCUCGGAAGGGUUUGCCCCGAUUCGGGAGCCCAGGGUUGGGGGGAGCUUGAGCUUUAGGUGCAGUGUUGCUGAUGGGCACCACGCAGCCCAGCCCAGCCAGCGCAUCCCUCCAGCCCCUGGCACGGUGCUGCUUCAGACUGGUGGUUGCACUUCUUUUUUUUUUCUUUUUUCCCCCCCAAUAAUUCUCUUAAAAAAUUCUCUUUUUUUGAUUAUUUUUUUUCCUGCCAGGAAAAAAAAAAAAAAAAAAAAGAAAAAAAAAAAAGCUGCUUGAAGUGACGUUUCAGCGCUGUGUUGAGCACUGUAAUUCCUGCAGUUGGGGCGGGCGGGCUGGGACCUGCACACCACGUGCUGGAUUUUUACCCCAAAAUGAAAUUCCCAGCCUCUGCUGAAGUGCCAGCCCCGGCCACUGACCCGUCCGACACGUUCCUUACGUUGGUGUGUGUAACUGAGAGCAUCUCAUCGGCUGUACGCAUUCGUUCUGUCACUGGUAAGACAACUGUGGUACUAAAUGUCAUUCGAACCAAUAAAUUAUUAUGCCAGAGACGUGGCCGUGUCGUGCUGGGGCGGGGUGGUAAAAACGACGCGUGAAACCGAGAAGGGGACAGUUUGAGGAGUGUGGGACACCCACAAAACCAUCUGCCCCCCUGGAAAGCUGCAGUGACACAUGUCUGUAGCAGCUAAAGAACAGUUCACCUACACCACACCCACAUUCACGUAUAGUAUAGAACACACUGCAUGUUCUGCCUCUUUGUGUAUGUGUGCAUUGUAUAAUAUUGUAUAUAUUUUUAUAUCCAAUACUUACGUAUGCACAAACACACACAGAAGGUAAAUAUUCCUUAGGAAUCUAGAAAUAAAUUCUAUGAACGCUGUUGAAUAUUCAGGCACAACUCUGAACUGUGUAGUAGAUAUAGUAUACCCUUAGGCGUGUAUGAGCUGAAUAUUGUUCAUAUGAACACGUGUGUGUCUGCAGCCAUCAUUAGAAAUACGUAAGCUAAAAGGUAUUUCAUAGACAUGUCUGCAUAGGUAGAGGUUUUUUUCUAAUUGCAAAUUUAUAAAAUAUUUAAUUAUAUAUUAUAGACACGUGCAUACUUUUUAUAUCAGUAUAAAGAAUAUAAUUUAUAAAUAUAUUACAAAUUUAAGGGAAAUAUAUUGCAUAUAAACAUAUAUCCACAUGCCGAAGUAUAUGCAUAACUAUAUAGUUAUAAUUAUUUAUAAAUAUACUUUACACACACGCUGUCACUCAUGCACACUUAAAAACCCAGGCAUGUCAGAAGAAGGGAGAGGACAGGCUGCGUUAGUUGUGUUUAGAGCUAUCUAUAAAGAUUUUUUGUGUGUAUAAUUAACAACAAUAUAAUUAAUAUUAUAAAUUAUAAGUCAUACAAUUAUUUUAAACAUUCUUACAUACACAGAAGGCUCUUUAUGUGUGUGUGUACAUACACACACACACAUAUUCUGUAUAUACCACUCAUUAUUUUGUAUCUGGGUUCGGUGCUGCCCGUGGCUCCGCCUGUAUAUGGGACACAGGGAGGGCCGUUGCUGCUGGACACCUAUAACACCUUCAGCUGCCCCCCCCCCCCCCCACAGGCGCAUUCGGAAGCGAUGUGGCUCUUACCUGCUGUCAGCAUCCCACAUCAUUUAUUAAACGUCUACAGCAUCAUCCCAGGUAGCAGGUUCUUCCCUGAACUUGCUGCCAGUCAAAGCCGUCCCCACUGCCCCAGACAUAAACUCUGCCUUUAAUUCAGAGAGAGCACUGGGUGACCCGUCGAAAUGCAAAAGGGGAAAAAAAUAGCAAGGAAAGUAAGCAGUCUACUCACAAAACCCUUAGAAAGCAGCAAUAUUGCACAUCCUGGUAUAAAGUGUUUAUUUGAGACUUCACAAUUAACACAAAGUCUUCCUUUCAAUGCCUUUUCUUUUUUUCAUACAGUCAAUAGAUUUGUAUUAAUCCCUCCCUCCCCAUGCACGAUUGCUGUUUAUUAAUCUAAGCCUUUUUAUUUUCAUCGUGAAAAAAUAAAGCGUUUCCCCAUCAUUUCAUCUGUUACCACUGACAUCCGCAGUGCUGUUUUAAAGAGGAGAUGUAGAAUGGCUAUGCCUACCACUGGGGUUGAAGUUACUCCAUGAUUUAUUCUUUUUUACGGAAAGUGUUAAAUGAAUCAAUCACCCAAGAAAAAUAAAUAUAUCAUAAAGAACCAAAAGUUCUGCAGUAUCCCUUUUCUUUACAUACAGCUGCAGUUCAAACACAUACGCUGCUCACGGCAAAUCAUUUCAUUCAUUAUAAUGCCGUCACCUUUAUGUAUGGUUGUGAACUUACACUGAAAAAGAAUCUGUUCCAAAGGAGUAGAGCCAUAAGCCAAAUUUUUAUACCUAGGCAAGAGAGAUCCACAGGGGAGCCAAUUACCUGUUUUCCAAGAGCAAUUCAAUCUUGUGCUUUUCAGGAAGUAUCGGCUGAACACAUGCAUGGGCUCAGCCCGAGCCAGACCUAAAGUGGCGUGAAAGGCAGUAUGAAUAGCGUGCAUUUUACUCACGGCAGUGGAAUUGAGUUCUUGGUAUCAAUGUCUCUUGGAUGUGCAUCUCAAAUUAUGCUGCUUGGCUCGUCUCGCAGGACUUUUGGCACCAGCCUCACAAAUAAGUUAUUCAAUUGAUCACCCUGCCUUUCGAGAUCGUCCUUGGAGGUGGCAGAGGUCAAGGAGGCUUUCUCGUAACAAAGAUGAUAUUGGGUAGACCGUGAAGCACAAGACCCAUAUUACUUACGCUUUACUGAAUUACUGUGCAAAAGGGAACACUGCAUCAGAAACGCAGAAGACUAUUUUAAUCAAAGUCACGAGCCACUGUAUCAGAAACCUGCUAACAAUUGCUCUGAUUGGUUCAUUUGGCUACUUUUUGUUGGUUUCUUUCGUUUUUUACAUAAAUAAUAUAGACCAAACAUUAUAAACAUUUCAGCAACCAUUUCUAAAAGACCAGAGGAGCCCUUUUAGGCACACCAAGAAACAAC